UUCAAAAUGGCCGAAUGAAUGCGUAUUUUGCGAACUUGUUUCUCAAACUUUUCACAAUAUUUCUWAAGCUCUUUCUUAUGUAACAAAGAUGAAUAUAGUGCAGCCUCGGUCCUCGGGGAAUGGACUUCUUUACGUGGGAUUUAAUCAAGACCAAGGAUGCUUUGCCUGUGCAAUGGAAAAUGGUUUCAGGAUUUAUAAUUGCGACCCACUCAAGGAGAAAGAAAGACAAGAUUUUACAGAUGGAGGUAUCGGCCAUGUUGAAAUGUUGUUUAGGUGUAAUUAUUUAGCCCUAGUUGGUGGCGGCAGAAAUCCAAAAUACCCACCCACAAGAGUUAUGGUCUGGGAUGACUUAAAGAAGAAAUGUGUGAUUGAAUUGGAUUUUUCAAGUGCUGUGAAAGCAGUCAAACUGCGGAGAGAUAGAAUUGUAGUGGUGCUGGAAAACAUGAUCAAAGUGUUUACAUUCACACAAAAACCACAGCAGCUUCAUGUGUUUGAGACAGCAAACAACCCAAAAGGUCUCUGUGUGUUGUGUCCCAGUAGCAACAACUCAUUAUUAGCCUUCCCUGGGCGUAAAACUGGUCAYGUACAAAUAGUGGACUUGGCAAAUACCGAGAGACCACCAUUAGAGAUYGCAGCCCAUGAAGCUGCUAUGUCUUGCAUUGCUAUGAACYUACAAGGAACAAGACUUGCUACAGCUUCUGAAAAAGGAACUCUUAUAAGAGUSUUCGAUACAAGCAGUGGUGCCCAGCUGCAUGAAUUAAGAAGAGGAUCUGGUAGUGCGAACAUUUAUUGUAUUAAUUUUAACCAUGAUUCAGAGCUACUAUGCGUGUCCAGUGACCAUGGUACAAUUCAUAUAUUUGCKGUUGAGGACCCAAAGAAAAAUAAACAGUCAAGUCUUGCUUCGGCACAUAGUUUUCUCCCGAAGUAUUUCAGCUCCAAGUGGAGUUUCUCAAGAGUUCAAGUUCCCGGCGAUCCCCAUUGYAUUUGUUCAUUUGGUGUCGAAAAGAACACUGUUAUAGCUAUAUGUGCGGAUGGCAGUUAUUACAAAUUUGCAUUCAAUACAAAAGGUGAAUGCAGUAGAGAUUCCUACGCGCAGUUUCUACAGAUGACUGAUGGUGAUUAAACGAAUCUAAAGUUAGUAGGAGUUAUUUUUUAAGGAAUUUAGAAUYAAUGUAAARUARUGCUCACUAAGAUCACCAAAAGCCAUCAUUGGGCACAAACACUAGCCAGCAUAGGAAAGUGGGAAGAAAAAAACUUUUCUUUUUCUUUACCUUUUCCUCUGUCUAUCAGUAGCAAUAUUUGCGCUAUGUAACAGUUUAGGUUGUGUUAUAAGGUAAUACCAGCAAAGAUAACUAGAAUUUAUAGUCUAAGAAUCCAAAUAUCUUAUUGCUUAAGWCUGCAUAAAUGUAUUAGUAAAAACAAAGCAGAAAUUUUUGAGAUAAAAGUCGUGGAAAUAUUGCAGCGGUCAAUUGAAAACACGGUUUCCCCCAUGGAAUAGCGGGAGAAUUAAUAUUUCAAUGAUGUCCCGGCUUUUAUUUURACKUUAUCCCCUCCUCCUCUGUUAAAAUAGCUGUAGAAGUAUUUGGAUAUAAUGUAUUAAUUCUCUGGCCAUCCCCGAAGGUUGGGGGCCGGGUUUUCAUUUGACUUUUGCAUAAUUAAUGUAGUUAAGAUAAAAUUGCAAAUAACACUAUAUAAGCCAUUUUAAAAAAAUAAAAUAACUGUAGAAAAACUACUUACAGURCAAAUUAACAUAUCAUGGGCAGUUUUAAAUAUUGUCGAUAUAGAAUUGGACCAAACAAAUAAAAUUUUACUAUUUGUUUCA